GUGUGUGUUUUGUUUACCGAUAAACAAUCGAUGAUGAUGUUGUUUAAUAUGUCGAUUCAAUGGCUAAUAUUUUCUGCAUUAAUAAAAAUAGCCUUGAUGACACCAAAUGAAUCAAGAGAUCAACAAACAACAAAUAACAAUGAUAAUAACAAUAAAAAUGAUCAAGUAAUACGUGAAUUUAGUGAUAAACAUAAUCAUCUUACACAUAGAUGGCCAUUUAUGGCUGCAUUAAAAGAUUAUCAAUCUGGAAAGAUAUUCUGCACUGGUGUUUUGAUUGGUUAUGAUCUGGUGAUGACCGCUGCCCAAUGUUUAGAACGUACAGAAUCGAAUGGUAUAAAAUUACAACGUACAAUAGAAUCAUAUCGUGUAUUAAUGAAUUGUGAUAAUAUACAUUCACAUGGUUGUCAUUCAUAUCAUCCAGAAAUAUUUGCCAUUCAUGAUAAACAUAUGGAUGUAUUACAUUUGAAUGAUUUGGCCAUUAUUAAAUUAAAUAUUCCAAUACCAGAUAAUUUGAACAUAUCAAUGUUUGCACAUUUUAUACCGAAAAUUAAAUAUAAUGAAGUGAUGAAUCGUUUGGAUUUAUCCAAAUGUUCAAUAGUUGGAUAUGGUUAUCCAAGUAAAUCAGAAAUACGACAAUUGAGUAAAAAACAAAAACGUGAAAUUACACGAAAAUCUUCAGGCACAUUACAUGCUAUUCAUGUAUCAACAAUGAAUCCAGAUGAUGAACCACAAUCUGGUCAAAUAUGUGGUAAACAUUAUCAAAUGUAUCGUGGAACAGAAACAUUUUGUGUUGGCCAUGAACAUUCAUCAUUAUUAGCAUUAUAUGAAGGUGAUCAUGGUUCACCAUUGAUUUGUCCAUCAUUGGAUGGUAAUAAUCGCAUCAUUGGUAUGAUGACGCAUCAAUUAACAAUGCGUGAACAGGAUCAUCAAUUUGCACCGGCAUUAUUUACAAAUCUAUCAAAACAUGAACAUUGGAUUCUAUCAUCAAUUCGAAUACUAAAAGCAUUAAAAAAUUCCAAACAUUUUGAAAAAUGGCUAUUUUAUCGUGAACAACAUCCAAAUAAAAAUGACAAUGAUAAUAUCCAUAUACGACAAUCACAUUAUUCUGCAUAUACAUUCAUAGUUUUUCUACCAAUCGUUAUAUCAGUGGCAUUCAUUAUUGCUGGUUUUUAUUAUUAUUAUCAAAAUGAUGAUGCCGGUGAUGAUGAUGAUGGUGAUGAUGAUAGUGGUGGUGGUGGUGGUACUGCUGGUGUCGGUGUAAAUCGUAAUGAAAAUGACCAUCAAUCAGCAGAAGAAGAAAACGAAGAAAAUACCACAAAAAUUAUCAUUAAAAAUGGUAUACCAGAUGAAUAUAUAAGAAUGACUCAAAAGUUCACAUGAUAAUGGCAUGAUUUGAAAUCUUUAUUUUGUUUGUUGAUUAAAAAAAAAUAAAUUCAUUUAAAAAGAACAUCAUAAUAAUUUAAAUUUUAAAAAACAAAAUUUGAUCGAUAAUUCAAUGAAUUUUCGUUGUUGUUGUUGUUGUUGUGUGGCUGUAGUCAUUUACAAACCAUUCGAACGUUGUGUUUGCUG